AUGGCGUCCGGCUUCAACGGUGAGGUCAAAGGGGAGCUCGCGGUCGAGGCUGCCCGCGACCCUGCCAGCAAUGUGACGGCCCAGCAAGCUGAGAAUAUUAUUCUGAAUGAGAGCAAAAAGGCGGGAGCGGUUGCCAUGCAGUUUGACCCAGACGCUUCGCCAGAAGAGAAAGCGGCUCAAGCAAAAGCGCGUGCCAACGACACGAGAGGCUCUCGAGCCCCGAAGGGCAUGGGCAUCGUCACUGACCUAAAUGGCGGCGGACCAGAUGAUUACAAGCUUCCUCCCCCCUCAACCUCGGGUGCUCUGCCCGCCGAGACGGUUGAAGAAAAGGCAGCAAACGGAGCGCCUCGCGAGGACGCUGGUGACUGGGCAAAGGUUGGCUGGGCACCUCGCUUCGGCACCGGCGAGACAGAGUCGGAGAAAGGAGACGACCGCAAUUUACUAGACCAUCAGACCUGGAUCGAAGGAAAACUAGACGACAAAUUCUUUGGUGACUGGUACCACAAUGCGGCGGUCAUCGUCUUUGCCUGUCUGGCAUCAUGGCUAGUAGCGGAGCUUGGGGGUGGUCUUGCCUGGGUCUUCCUCAUCAUGGCCACCUGCGGCUCAUACUACAGGACCUCUGUAAGACGGACACGUCGGAACUUUAGGGACGAUGUCACUCGCGAGAUGGCCAAGGCUCGACUUGAGACAGACAAUGAAAGUCUCGAGUGGAUCAACAGCUUCCUCGUCAAAUUCUGGCCAAUUUACGCACCUCAGCUGGCCAUGGGCAUCGUGCAGUCUGUCGACCAGGUCCUCAGUACCUCAACCCCUGCGUUCCUCGACAGCAUGCGCCUCAAGGAGUUCACCUUGGGAACAAAGCCACCCAGGCUCGAACAUGUCAAGACCUAUCCACGAACUGAAGACGAAAUUGUCAUGAUGGAUUGGAAAUUCAGCUUCACACCCAAUGACACGAUGGACAUGACUGCGCGGCAGCUGAAGAACAAAAUCAAUCCCAAGGUCGUACUCGAAAUUCGGAUCGGUAAGGCGAUGGUCAGCAAAGCCAUGGACGUGAUAGUCGAAGAUUUUGCCCUCUCCGGUCUCAUGCGGGUGAAGAUGAAGCUUCAGCUCCCUUUUCCUCACAUCGACCGUGUCGACAUCUGCUUUUUAGGCCGUCCUGAAAUUGAUUACGUCUGCAAGCCGCUAGGAGGCGACACAUUCGGCUUUGACAUCAACUUCAUUCCCGGUCUAGAGACAUUCAUCAAAGAUCAGAUCCACGCCAAUCUCGGACCCAUGAUGUACGAUCCUAACGUCUUCCCUAUCGAAGUGGCCAAGAUGCUCUCUGGCAACCCCAUCGACAUGGCUAUCGGUGUUGUUGCCGUCACGCUUCAUGGCGCUCAGGGGCUGAAGAACCCAGACAAGUUUUCUGGAACGCCGGAUCCUUACGUAGUCGCAUCUCUCAAUAACAGUAAGGAGCUUGGUCGCACGAAAGUCAUCCAUGAAAGUGCCAACCCUCGAUGGGGAGAGACACUUUACAUCAUCGUCGCCAACAAAAGCGACGCUCUCACUCUCACCGCGUUUGACUACAACGACAUUCGUAAGGACAAGGAAUUGGGUAUCGCAACUUUCCCGCUCGACCGACUCGAGAACGACUUUGAACACGAAAAUCUUCACCUCGAAGUUCUUGCAAAUGGCAAGCCACGUGGAAUCAUUUCGUGCGAUGUGAGAUUCUUCCCGGUUCUUGAGGGCACAAAGGUCGAUGAACAUAUGACAACGCCGCCUCCCGAAUCAAAUACAGGCAUUGCUCGUAUCACAAUGGAGCAGGCCAAAGAUCUCGACGGUAGCAAGAGCUUGGUCGGACAGCUGAAUCCCUACGCCGUGCUCUUGAUCAACGGCAAGGAGGUUCAUAUUACGGGCAAGCUCAAGCGCACCAAUAAUCCUGUCUUUCCUGAUGCCACCAAAUCGAUUCUUAUCACAGAUCGUCAGAAGGCCAGAGUUGGUCUGGUCAUCAAAGACGACCGUGACCUUGCCACUGACCCUGUGCUGGGCACCUAUCAGGUCAAGAUGAACGACAUGCUCAGACUAAUGGAAAACGGUCAGGAGUGGUUCAACCUGCACGGCACAAAGACCGGCCGGGCUAAACUACUACUUGACUGGAAACCAGUGGCGCUGAAGGGUGUUGUAGGCGGGUCUGGUGGCUACAUUACCCCUGUGGGAGUAAUGCGCGUUCACGUGCAGAGUGCUCAAGACCUUCGAAACUUCGAGACGUUUGGAAAAUCGGAUCCAUACGCCAGACUGUUACUCUCUGGUAUCCCUAUGGGCAGAACUGUCACCUUCCAGAACGAACUCAAUCCUAAGUGGGAUGAAGUUAUAUACGUGCCAAUUCAUACGACCGCGGAACGCUUGACCCUUCAGGUCAUGGACGCGGAAAAGCUCGGCAAGGACCGCCCGCUGGGGCAAGUUCAGAUCAUAGCGUCCGAGUACAUGAAGGAGGCUGAAGGUGGUGGCUACCAAGUCCACGACGAAAAGAAGCCGCUUUCUGAGGGACUCCGCAUUGGGGGCCAGGGUCAGGCAAAGGGCAAAAUCAACUAUACGGUCUCGUUUUUCCCCACCUUGAACGUAAUUGACCCAGAUGAGGAAGAGGAAGAGCGCAAAGCCGCAGAGGAGCUCGCAGCCGCUUCAGCUGAAGCACCUGCCACUCCGAUCCGCGGACAUAGCAAAAAGUCCUCGGUGGAUAUCAAGACUCCGACCAGUACGGCUAGACCUAGCUUGGAUGGUCGGAAGAGUCUUGAAGCAGCCGGACGCCUGAGCAUGGCGAACGGUACUCCGUCAAUUGCUGGCUCCAUUGCCGAGUCCAAGAAAGAAGCUCCGAAGGUACGAAUCGACGCGGAAGACUUAGCGCAAUAUGAAAGCGGACUGCUUGUUUUCCAGAUUCUUGAAGGAUCCUUCGCGCACGACGAUAUUUGGCUAGAGGUGCUUAUGGACGAUCACCUUUUCCCAUCGUAUACAUCCUCGAAGAUUAAGUCUCGCAAGCACAAGUUCCAGGAAACUGGUGACGCGUUUGUUCGAGAGCUCGACGUCUCACGAAUCACUGUCCGGCUUGUCGAGAAGACAGACAGUGCAGGAAAGGGCACUGAUGACGACCACAUUGUCGCCAAACUCCAGGGCAACACCAUGCAGACCAUUCAACAAUGUCUUUACAAGGAGACCGAACUGACACUGAAAGGAACCGAUGGCUCGACUAACAAGGUGACGUUUAAGAUGAGAUACCUUCCUGUGCAGAUGAAGCUUGAUCCAAGCGAGAGCAUUAACAACAUGGGAACACUCCAUGUCGAUGUUCUAGACGCGGAUGAUCUACCAUCAGCGGAUCGCAAUGGGUUCAGCGACCCUUACUGCAAGUUCAAGUUGAAUGGCAAGGAUGUCUUCAAGACCAAAGUUCAGAAGAAGACGCUGCAUCCUGCCUGGAACGAGUUCUUCGAAGUUCCGAUUCCGUCACGAACGGGAGCAGACUUCAGGUGCGACGUUUACGAUUGGGAUUUCGGUGAUAAGGCGGACUUCUUGGGCAGCACACCCAUCAAUCUAGAGGUCCUGGAGCCAUUUCAGGCCCAAGAGCUGCGUUACCAGCUCGAUGGCAAGUCGGGCGCACUACGUCUCAAGAUGAUGUUCAAGCCAGACUAUGUGACGCGAUCGCGACAGGGCUCAUCUACCUUCUCGGGCACCUUCGCUCCAGCUGGCAAGGUCGUCGGCGCUCCUGUUAAAGGAGUCACCAAAGUUGGUGGUGCAGUUGGAGGUGGCGUCAUCAAGGGAGCCUCUUUCCUGAAACGUGGUUUCACAGGACGAAGAAGCAAGGACGAGGAGGUGCUGGUCAACGGUGAUGCCGAUGCAACUCCGCCUCCCAGCACACCGAGCGGCACACCGGCUCGAGCGGCGGCACUGUCAGAAGUGCCAGAGUCGAGUCCUAGAGUGUCAGCACCCAGCACACCAAUGACGCCUCACCAACGGACCAAGAGCGGCGGCUCUAUGAUAGGCGGAACGCCGGGCGGAGCGGAAACCGGCGUCGCAAGCUUCGUUAUUGUCUCGGCAUCGGGAUAUCCGCCAUCUGCGGACGUCCGCGUUCACGUCAAGAUGCUUGGUCCCAAGGGAGGGAAAGAGCUCUUCAAGACGAAGGCCGUCAAAUCCUCUUCUGGAACAGUCGAGUAUGAUGCCAGCCACGAAAACUUCAAAGUCAACUGCUCCGCAGAUGCGCAAUUCCAGGUAUCGGUCAAGGACAAGAACACCUUCCGAGACGACGAUCUCGGUGAAGGCAUGUUCUUUGUAUCGGACCAGGGCGCCGGGUCUGAGCAAGCGGUCAAGGCUGGCUCGGGCACGGUGACGAUUCGCAGCAGCUUCAAAGCGGCAGCCCAUGGCGAUGGCGAAAGCUUGAGACCCUCUACAAGCGGCAGGGAAUCUCCCGAAUCAAAAAGAGACCCGCAUCGGAAGAGCUUCUUCGCUAGACGUGAUGCCAGUGGCAAGCACGAGGCAGCCACCAAGGAGUAA